AUGAUUGGAGCUCGUUUCAAAGUUAUUGAAUGUUACCAUAAUGAUGAUACAAGUCUGUAUGUAGCAAAAGUCAAAUUAGAAGAUGAAUCAUCUUUAAGACAGGAAUACAAUGUUAUUGGAAUAACAGCAAGAGCAAUAUUAAAAAAUUGUAUCGAUGAAAUAAUACAUCAUUUAUAUAAAGUGAGUUUAGAAGACGUACACAGUCUUUUUAUAGAAUUACAAGAAUUAUUUCCCUUGGAAAAGAGCUGGCUGGAUGCAGUUAAAUAUUUUGUAAUCGCUCGAAUCUAUCAACAGUUCCAUAUCAAGCAUUAUCCUGAAUAUGUCCAGAAUACAUUGGAUAAGUUGAAACAAGCAUUAAAUAUUUAUCAAUCGUUUAUCAACGACAAGGAACUUACUUGUGCUGUUGAUAUCGGUCGUAUUUGUUCCAGUUUGGGUUUCGUUUAUGACGUUUAUGUAAAAGAUAAUAUUCUCGCUAAUAACUAUUAUGAUCUUGGAAUUACUUCCUGCACUUUAUCACUACAGACAACUACAGAUAAGCAUAAACGAAUAGAACUUUAUGAUAUAAUAGCCCUGCUUUCUCAAAAUAGAGUAACAAUCACCGAUGACGAAACUCAACGAAACGGAAUCUUACUUAAUUGUAUUACACAUCGAAGACAGCAGUUGAAAGAGCUAUUGAGUUAUCUUCCAGCAAAUCAUUCAGAUCUGUUAACUUGUAUUCAUAGUUUAGCUGAACUAGAGAAUGCAGUUGGUCUUGUUACAGAAGCAACAAUGGACUAUGAAAAAGUGAUACAGAUUUAUUUGCAACUGGAAGACCCCAAUUUUAGCUCAAGUGCCGAAAACUAUGGUAAAAUUUCAAAAAUGUACGCCGAACAAAAACAGAACUACACUCAAGCUCGUCAUUAUAAACAAAAAGAAGUUGAAUGCAGAUUAAAAUACAGAGCAGUUCCAACAAAUUCUAUUGUGUUAAUAGCUUCAAUCAAUUCUGAUUUGGCUGAAACAUAUCGAGAAUUGGCCGAUAUUUAUAUUCAGUUAUCUGAAUAUGAACUGGCUGAUGAAAGUUUGUUAAUAUCCAUGCAGUUGUAUGACGAAACUGAUUGUUAUGAGAAGAAGAAGAAGAAAAUUAAAGAUAUCAUACGAAAAAUGAAUGAUAUAAAAGAAUUUGUAUUAGAAAAUUAUAUAUUAACAGAGUUGUUUACAAUAAAUUAA